AAGGGAGCACCAUCCUCUGCCAGACAGUGACGUCACCUCAGAUAGACAAACCUGACGUUUAGCAAACGGGCUGGAAUUAUUUUGUUGACGUUUUUGUUUUCAACGCCGUCGACUGCAAUGUUUGAACAUUAAGACAUUUCCUGCUGUUUUCAAGGACCUCCAAUUAGACAUUAGCGUCACGCCUCAGUGCGGGGAUCGAGCAAAGAUGAAAUGGAUGUUUAAAGAGGACCAUUCCCUCGAGCACCGAUGUGUGGAGGCAGCAAAGAUCCGCAACAAAUAUCCAGACAGAGUGCCGGUGAGUUUGCGACUGACAGUCUGCGGCGACAAAGUGAUCGUGGAGAAAGUGUGUGGCUCCCAGAUAGUUGACAUUGAUAAGAGGAAGUACCUGGUGCCCUCUGACAUCACCGUGGCCCAGUUCAUGUGGAUCAUCAGGAAACGCAUCCAGUUACCUUCUGAGAAAGCCAUUUUCCUCUUUGUUGACAAAACGGUCCCGCAGUCCAGCCUGACUAUGGGCCAGCUCUACGACAAGGAGAAGGAUGAGGAUGGCUUCCUGUACGUGGCCUACAGCGGAGAAAACACAUUUGGUUAUAAGAUUUUUUGUACGACAAAGGGUUAUUAACCUUUCACACAAAUACACACACAUUAAGUUUAUGGCUGCACUGUGUUUCAGACAUUUGUGCAUCUGGCCCAGUCUUUUCAUUACCAUUUGACGGCACUUGAAUAGACAAAAAUGCAAUAGAAAAAUACCAUCAAUCAUUGAAUGCACUGAAAGGAAACAACAUAAACACUGCCGUACUGUAAAAUGACCACAGCAAUCUGCGCAUACAACAAGCAUGCCACCUAUUUAUUCUUUUCCUUGUCGCAGGUACAUGUGUUCGCACCAAAGGAGAAACCGCCUAAUCAUGUUGCAUCUGUAUUUACAAAAGCUGAAGUACAUAUCCAAGACGAUAGAAGCAGUGUGCCUAUAAAGAUGACAGAAUAAAAUCAUAAAGAGAUAGUCCUGUCUUGUAUAAAAUAGCCAAAAGCCAUACUUGAUGAUGAGGAAAAUAACCGUAGUAGAGGUUUCCUGUCAGAAAAUGAUGUGAGUAAAAGGUUUCUAAUUUACUAAGGCUGGCUGAUGCUGCAAAUUUUGCAUAUCAAGUAAAUACAGGGCCAGUAUUGCCAAUACAAUACUGAUAUUGAUAUUGAAUGAGUUUGCCUGUAAUUUGUUGAUCGUGAUUGUAAUCAGAAUAAGGAUUUUAGGCAAACAAAAACUGUCUAUCAACAAUGUUAGCCAUCAUUUGUGAACUAUUAACAAUAUCAACAGCACUACAAAAACACAUAUUUGUAAAUAUUAACAUAGAAGAAAAUGUUAAAAUACUGACCCCAUCUCACUAAUAUCUAUCCAAUACUAAUACUACCCUUGACAUCAAUAUUUGCACCAAUCCGCCAAUCCCUAUAGUCCAGUAGCCAAAAGCCAUACUGAGUAAAGACACCUUCCCAAAAAAUGACUUAAGGAAAAGUUUUGUAUUCUACUUUAGUACUUUUGACACUAAAGUAUAGGAUGCAUAAAAUAUAAAAUAUCAAGGCUACAUAAGAAAUAGGUGGCAGAGUCAACCCUCGACCCCAUGACCAAUCGUAACAGAGUAGGCGUGGUCGGAGGAGGAGGCUGCGGAAUCCUGAGUGUUUAAAUCAAGAGAAGAAAAAUGCAGAUUAACCCCGUUUAAACUUGACAUUUAUGGACUAUUUUAUUAAGAGACUUACUAUAGCACUCUGCUGGGAUCCAGUAUCAUUUACUAAAAUUCAGUCUACUAAAAAAAAAAAAAAAACAGGAGUCAGGUAGUCCGCGUAGCACACAAACCCGGAAAUGCUUCAAAUCUGACCAACUUCCUGUUUAUUUUGGCGCCUCACGUAACCAAUCUGCUUUCGAUUGUUCGGCGCGUGUUAUCGUCGCACUUGUCGCUGCCAGGCAACGAAAAGUGAAACAAUAACAGCAGCUAAGUAUCGAUGAUACUGAAUGGGUCCGUAACAAUAGAAAAUGUAUCGUACUUACCAAGUUUAUCUUUGUGUUCCUACAUGCAACACAAGUGUCUUCAAUGUUAUUGUUUACAUCAAUAUACACCCCUGAAGUCUAACAUGCAAAUAACAUUACACACGAUGAUACCACAUUGAUUUACUAACCUGUUCAUUUCAAUCAUACCGUAGUCAGCAGUGUUCAUUCUUCUUUAUCCAAAGUCUACUUUGAUGUGAAGGUGCUUGCAUACUUGCUAAUAUACACAUACUAGUACUACUGUUGAAACCCUGGUGGACGCACUGCAAGGGUUUCCCUAAAGUCUGUACACAAAGGCUAAAACACAUACUAUACAAUAAUAAAACAAUAUUAGCAUUUUUUAAUUAAAUUCUGUACAGUAUAGGCUAUGACUUUAGGGACACUGUAUAAUAAAGGUUACUAACUACAUGCAUGACUGGUCAUACACCAUAAUACUCUCAAGUAAUGUUGCUUUGCUGUUUGGCUAUGUUAUUUUCAUGUUUUGGUGAUGAAUUGGGGGGAGGGAUAUAUGCAAGUGUCACUUAACAGAGAAAUGUUCUAAUAUUUAAUAUUUUAUUUAACUGGUGUGUAAUGCUCAUUAAAUGUAUGUUAAAGACACUCUAGGUAUUUUAAAAGGAUAGGCUAGCUUGGAGGACGUAACCAAUACAAAUAAAUGGAACGCAAACAAGUUGUAUGGGCGUCAUGCAGGGUCGGAUGGGUUGGCAUGACAGGUGUCUUUCUUUGUGCACAGAUAACUAGAGACGAGUGAUCGCUGUCUAUGUCGUGGGUGUCCAAAAGGUGGCCUAAGGGGCAUUUUCGGCACACAGCUUGUUUUUUUUCUGACAAUGAAUUGAAGGUGUAUACUAUAUUACACUAUAAUUUGCUUUGCUAUCUAUAACACAAAGCUAAGAUGUUGAUGUUUCACUCCGAUAGCUUAGUGAAUACUGUGGUCAGAUUGGCUGACUUGUGUCGACAUAAGCAGAGCUAGCCAUUGCUUGCACAUUUACUUGUGACUUUGUCCAGAGACAUAAGAAUGGCUGAUAAUAAAGGAUUUCUCUUGGUUGA